UGACGAUCGAACCUGGAUUCGGGAUCCUUCUUAACGAGCAUCAUCCAUGGCGGCGCUGGCUCAAGCAUUUGCGUACGCAUUGCGUCCCUUUGCUGAUGCUCUUACCUUUCUGACAACUACUCGAGUUCAUCCUACCUUGUUUCCGUAUCCAUGGGCUUCUACUCUCCAUGCAACAAGGGUCUCCAUGGCUUAUCAGAAUAAUAUGAGGAGGACAGGAAGUAAACUUUCUUGGGGAACGUACAUCACAGGAUACCUUAUAAUGUGCUGGGGAGGAAUGGUUCUUUCGCAUACCCUCUUAUCCAUUCCAUCACCAAUUUUAUUCUGCAUCAACCCGUACAUCAACUACAUCGUUCCUCAUCUUGUUGUUACCAUUCUCUUUGCUAUUUUCCCCAACAUCCUCACCAGUCCAAACCUCGAUCUCGUGCUAUUUCCUCUCGACGGUCUCCUUCGGGCUAAUGCUGUAACAAGUACCCUUGCUAUGAUCUCAUCCAACCCCGCCAUAGAUAGCAAGUUGACUUCAUCGGCCCUAUUCCACAUUAUCAUCGGUGCGGUCGUUUCCUGUGGAGGCGGCGCGUCAGCCGCUACUCUCAAGACAUGGACUCCAGAAUGGAGCUUUGGGACUCCCGUGUUUUUACGGAGCGGCGUAGGAUUCUGGGGAUCACUAGAUGUAUGGGCUGGCUCUCUUGUGGCCGUCGUGUAUAGCGCGAUGACGGUUCAUCCGGCGUUUGAUGAGGUCGUGCCUUUUGAAGUGAGGCCAGCUUUCGCGUUGAGCUCAUUGGGGGCCAAGGCCGUCAGCAGCUAUAUAUAUACGAUUCUCUUUGGGUUGAGAGUGUGGAAGGCCAAACUGUCGUCCUUAGCAGGGGUGAAGAAGGGAAAGGGGAAGACGAAGAUACAAUAGACACAGAAGGGCAAAGGUCAACAUCUUGACCCUCAAGGCCCCCAAACAGGCGCACUUGUAUACUCGCGAUCUCAAUUCUGAAUGUAGUAGUCACUGACUGUUGUGUACUAGACGAAAUAUAUGGAUAAAGGUACUUGGUUUUGC